CUGUAAAGGACAGUAAGUGAGUGCUGAUCAGUGCUGAUGACGUACGGAAUCUUCGAACUGGGCACUGGAAUGAGCGGAAUGAGCUUCCUUCGCGAUCCGAGAGAUGAUUCGUUUGUAGGCAAGGUUAUGUGCAUGUGUGUGCGUGUAUGUAUGCGUGUGCGGUUAUACACUAUGAGCGACGUGACCGACUAUGACAUGACAGUUCUAUAUGAUGUUACUUUUGUGCAAGUUUCUGAAUAGAUACCACUGGUGUUCGGUUGUGGUUCGUACACUUUCGUUUGUUACGAAAGUAGACAAGGAACGAAGAUAGAGUUGAAAGUUAGUAUAGAUGAUUAGGUAGCAUUGUGUAAAUAAUGCAGAAUGUUACAAAAUGUGUGUCGUGAAUGAAAAUAGUCUCUGAUUCCGAUGUAAACAAAUUAAUAUGUUCAUACGCUUAUCUGUAGAUAUGUUAACCCCGUUAUGGGCACCUUGUUGAACAUUCAGUCUGAAACAUGGCGACUUACGCUAGAUUUGUAUUUGUGUCAUUCAUAACGAACAGUUGAGGUUCUUCCUUACGGGACGGAAUGAUGGCUAGACAGGUAAUUAUGAAGCCAGUUGACAAAGGGCUCUAGUUCUGAAUGAUGGCAAGCAACAUGUCGCGUGGAUAUUCCAAAGUGUGCAACCGCAAAUUGAAUGCCGUCUCUCAGGCAAGCAUUCAGUUUGACAAACUAUUCCAUGAGAACAGCAAUCGCCCUUCAGCUGCAAAGUCUGCUGGUACUGUAGGCAAAUGGGGUGUCAUUUCAUGUACAUCUCUCAGAAGUACAAAUUUCAAUGGUCGAAGAGAUGAAAUUCUUAGUAACAAGAGAAUGAGAAUGGAUUACAGCAACCGUAACCCACAACAUCCUACCCCAUCAAAGGAUCCGUUUUCAUUCGACACAGAAUCCGAUGGAUUACAGAGUAAGCUGUUAGCAGGAGGAGCCACCUCUCCAGUGAAAUCUGUACCCAAACCUAAAAAGUUUUUUAAGAGUCGGAACAUUGAUACAAUUCCUCAAGAGGAAAUUAGGUUGAACGCAUCCGUGUACAUGGGAAGUAACCGCAGUACAGAGUCAAGUUAUGGUUCACAUGGGGGCAAAAAGUAUGGGAAGGGAGGAUAUGGUCCGAGGCUACAACAGUGUAACACUUCAUCAUCCAGCCAGUCAGGCAGCGGUGGGUCAAAGAAAUUCUUCACAUCAACAGCAAUAAAGACCUCAGGUUCUGUUGGAAGUGGCGAAUCAGUGGGUGAGCAGAUAGAAGCAAUGAAUCUGUCAAGUCCUACCAAGACUGUGGCACCUCUAAGAGAAGAGAACAAACCCCCAAUUGUUCUGAGGAUAUGCAAGGGCACUGCACAUCUUGUGAAUGAAAUCAAGGAACCUUCAAGCAUUCAUCAGCCACCUGUGAAGUCUCUAAAUGAGAAUAAUGUGCGAAGUACUAGAAGAAGACAUGCAGAUGUUGGUCAUGACUCUCGGUCAAUGUCAGCUCACGAAAAUAAUAAGGAUAAAUCAUCUUAUGUCAGUAUUACAUCACCAAAGAAGUCCAGUAAAGUGGGGAAAGACAUGGUCGUAGUCCGAAGUCAUAAUGCUUCGGAGCCUGUGAUAGUGGAUAAGAUUGAAAUGCAAAGUGGUGACAGUAAUCAAGAGGAAGUGUAUGCAGAAAAACAGAUUGUGAGGACUGAGGAAGUUACUGAACAGCAAGCUGUGUAUGAGGGGAUACAAACUAUGCAUGAUGAAAAAGAAAAUAUUAGUGGUGGUGAGGGUGUAAUUACUGAUGUUGAAAUUCCCUCUUCAGUGUACCCCACAGUACUGAAGACUAAAAUCAUAACGACUGUUGUUCCUGAAGUUCCAACAGACCCAGCUGCUGAAGCAGAAGUUAGGGCAGUAGCCGCUGAAGCACCCGUUUGCAAAGAUUUUAAUAAAGAUGAUGAAGAAAAAUUACUGAAAGCUGAGGAACUUCUUUCCAGCACAUACGUUGAUUUCACUUCUGCCACUGAGAAACUCUUGCUCAUGGGACCAAAGGAACCCUCCAAAGCAGUUCUUGAUCAUGAUUUGUUCUCAGACAGUGAAGAUAGUAACAGCAUUGCAGAUCAAAUAAACACAAUUGCAUCUUCCCAGGCAGAUUGUGAGACAGAUUUACAGGUCAGACCUGCAGAGGAAGGGUUGGCAGAAAAGGACAAGGGUGAGGAAAUUGAAAGUAUUGGAACUUCACAGCCAGAUGAAGUUCAGAGUCAGCCGGAGUGCGAACACAACAGUAGUAGCACUAGUAAUACCGCUGCCGCCGAAAGGACAAACUCACCUGCAACUAAGAAGGGGAGUAUUUUUAAAAGUCGAUCUCUUCUCUCAGAUGGUAGUAAGAAACGGUUGGCCCUAUACAAACAUAAGUGGGUUGAUGACAAGGAUGGUGCUGCAGGUGGAUCCCAACCAGGUGCUGAUAUAUCAGCAUCCAGAACUCUGUCGUCAUCUCAGCCCAUUAGUGCUACCAGCACUUAUAGUGAUAUGGAGGAGGAAUUUGAACCUGCUAAACUCACCAGGGUUGUCACAUGGCCUGCUCCUGGAACCAAUCAUGAUGAUGAGGCAGAGGCCAUCACCAGCAUCAAAUGCAACAAGAAAGCCAAAGGAUUUUACACAGUAGUAAGAAAUGUAAAGAAGGCUCAUCAGAUUCAGGAAUCAGGUGAAUUCCAGGAAUUUAAUGAUGAUGUGGAAUACAUUCUGGAUGCACUUCAGGAUAAUAACCCCAUAGGAACAAGGUGCCUCUCAGCUAUAACACUAGCGUCCAAGUGCAUGGCCCCUGCCUUCAGGAUGCAUGUUAGGGCUCAUGGGACAGUGGCCAAGUUCUUCCGUGCCUUACAUGAUGCCACCAAAGAUCAGAGCCUUGGACUUUGCACAGCCACUGUUAUGUUCGUGCUUAGUCAGGAUCGACUGAACAUGGAUCUGGAUCGGCACAGUCUGGAACUAAUGCUGAAUUUGCUUGAAUCUGAUGCAAGUCAUCGCAAUGCUCUUGAUGACUGUGGCAUGAGCAGUACACAACUGCAUAAAAACAAACAGAAAGUGCGAGAGCUAUGUGCUGAGAUCCAAAGUCAAGGUCAUGCAAAGCACUUGAAUCUGGAUAAUAUAACGGUGGGGCAGCUAGCCAUGGAGACAUUACUAAGUCUUACUUCUAGACGUGCUGGAGAAUGGUUUAAAGAGGAACUGAGAGAACUGGGGGGUCUUGAACAUAUUGUUAAAACGAUAUGUGACUGUUGCCGUCAAGUUGAUGACUAUAUUGUUGAGUGGACUGAGCCUUUGCUGGACAAAUUGAGGAAGGUGGACCGCUGCUUGCGUGUUCUUGAAAAUGUAACAAAUCAAAAUGAGGAAAACCAGCUAUACCUUUUGAAGUAUGGGGAUGGUAUGUUGAUUGACACGUUGAUCAAACUGUAUCGACAUUGUGACUCGGAGAUUCCAUUGUACCCAGUGACAAAUCUAGCAGACAAAAUGUCAGCUGGUACUGUGAUUCGUGAGGUUUUGCUUGCUACCCUCAAAGUGCUAAUCAACCUCACACAUGACUUCAAUAAUGAAUCAUAUGGUAGCACUUUAGUUGGAGAAAGGAAAGGCAUUGUGAAUGCUAGCCUUCAUGUUUUGUUGCAAGUUCCAAAUUAUGUUCCAGAAGAAAAGAAGUUUGACUUGCUGGUCUUGGCACUGAUUUUGUUGAUCAAUCUUGUAGAACACAGCAAGGCCAACAGGAAAUUACUUCUUGAAGCCAAAGCACCAUCAGAUCCUGAAAGUAUAUUUUUCCAAGAAGACAAGACUGCUGUAGAAGCACUAAUUUCCUUGUUUUAUCAGCAAGAGGAACUUGCAAGGGUUGAAGAGGUCAAAACAGAUGCUAUCCUUGAUGGCAAGAAAGAUACUGAAGUACCUGAGGCAGAAACAUCUGCACCAAAAACUUACGAAGAGUUCAUAGAAGAAACAGUUGCAAAAUUGUUGCAGAAAGCCGGACGCAACAUGGAGCAUACACUGAUUGGAGCAUAUAUUGGUCUUCUGCUAGGAUACCUUAUUAUGGAUAAUAAGGAAUAUGAGCUCCAAGUACGACAGUAUUUGCCAGAGAAGAACUUCAAACUGAUGGUGAUGGUACUGCAGAAAGUGUACAACUUCAUGAACCUUACAGCAUCUGCUGUGGGUAGCAGUCGAGGCAUUGCACAGACGGAGCGUGUUAUCAACUACCUUGAGCAGUCUGAUGUGCGAGCCGCACAGUGUGAAGCAGGAGACAAUGCUGAAAGUGUAAAGGUGAGCUUGGCGGUGGCAGCAGUAACGACCACACCGGUCAGCGACAGCAUUUCCUAGUGGUUGUAGUUGUAACUAAUUGUCAGUGAUUGCUCACAAGAUUCUGUAAUGUACAUCACUUUUCUUCCUUUAGUUUGAGAGGAAGUGUUAAAAUACUGUCAUAAUAUUUAUUAAGUAGUGACACGUGCUGUGAUCUGAAUACACAGUCUGCUGAUGUAAAUUUUAUGGUGGAUGCAGAGAUAAAGUAGUGAUUUUAUGCCAGCCAAACAUUAAUAAUUAAUGAAGACAUCAUAAACUAUGUGUAUGAUGGUGGUGGUGUUUUCAUGAAGGUCAGUGUAGAUGGACAAUUAUGUUGGAUGCAAUAUUUCAGGUUUACAACAACUAUUUAUAUGUAAAUCAGUAAGUUUUCUCUAAAUAUUUUAAUUUAAAGAGCACAAUUUGACUACAGUUGUUUAGGUGUAAGAAACACAACAUUCUACAGUCAGACAGGUGUAACUGACAUUCUCAGGGCUUGAAAAAUAAUGACAAAUUCAGUAGCCUUGAUGAAAAUAAGGGUAUAAUUAAUGACAAAUUUAUAUUAUUUUAGCUUCAAAACAUUUCUUGUAUAGUUCAGUGUAUCUACUGAUUGAUAAGGAUUCUCUUUUCAGGCACGAGAUUUUACUUUUGUGUAAUCUGAUACCCAAGUUUUUCAAGCCCUGGAUUUAACAUGUUAGAAUUCGCUAUAUUUAUCUGUUUCUUAACAGUUUGUCUUGAUCUGGUGAAUUCAGUCUACAUGAUAACUUAAAUGCACCCAAUGUGAACUGAUGGCAGUAAUAUUUAAUGAGAAAAUAACGUGGCGCUAAGUUCUAUUUUUCCAG